GCUAGUUUAUUUUCACAGAAGCUUCUAAUUAUUUCAACUUUGUAAUUCAUAUUAUUUUAUUACUCUCCUCUCGAACCAAAGAGAGAGGAAACAAAACAGAGUUCUCAGAUCUACUCGCUUGUUCUUUUCUACGCUAUCUGAACCACCAUAUGCCCUUUUCCAAAGGUAUUUGUUCUACGAGGACAAUAAUUUAGAGAUGUUGCGGAUCACCCACAUUGCAAUGCUGGUCUCGGCGCCGCAAAGAUCAUGAGGAAUUGAGACAAAGAUCGCAAGGAUGUUCAAGGCAACGAGGUGGAGAAGCGGCAAGAACAGGAACAAAGCUGUGUUCAAACUACAGUUCCAAGUAACGCAGGUACCACAGCAAGAAUGGGAAACAAUGAUGGUGGUUUUGGUUCCCGUCGAAGCCGGACGAGCCACCGUGAGAUCGGAAAGGGUUCCGGUGAUCGACGGAAUGUGUCAAUGGGCGAAUCCGAUCUACGAAACGGUCAAACUCAUUUACGAUGCCAAAGCGGGAAAGAUCAAUGGCAAAGUCUACCAAGUUACCGUAUGGGCAUCGGGAUCGACCAAAGCGGGAGUCCUUGGGGAGGUCAAUGUUAACCUAGCGGAAUAUGCCGAGGUGUUUAAACCCUCCACUGUUGUUCUCCCUCUCAAGGGAAAUGCAGGAGCUCUCCUCCAUGUUACUAUUCAAAGAAUGCAGGCUGAUGGUGAGGGAAGAGAAGCCAAUGGAAAUGGAGAUUCCAUUGAAAAACCACGACGGAAAACAUUAGAGAGCCAACUAAGCAAGUGUGACGAUGAAGAAGUUGGCAAUGCAACCAAUGGCCUGAACUCUGUAGAGGAUUGCUUAAAUAUGAACAGCCAAGCCCAAAUGAAAUUCCCAUCCAGCAGAAACAUUUCUCUUCGUAUUGAGAGUAAUGGCAACCUCCAAAAGUCCCACAGCUUUGAUGCCAUAUCUGCAUCAGGUUCAGAUAUCAGUUCUGGAAGAUAUACUCCAAAAGAAAGUGGGAUCAUUCAUAAUAUUAUCCAACAAGAUACUACUAGCUUCCUUUCACCUCUCAGCAACAAAAAUACUCCAAAAAUGCUGCUUACCAGCUCCGGUGACUGGUCUGGCAGUUCAGCUCCCGAUAGAAGCUCGGAUGGAUCGAACAACACCUCAGGAGAGACCGGAUUGCAAGAUUCAGAUGAUGAUAUUGAGAAAUUAAGGGGUGAUAUUGAUGUUCUGACACGGAAGUUAGAAGUAUCAGAGCUAGAGCUGCAGACUCUCAGAAAGCAAAUUGCGAAAGAGAGCAGGCGUGGACAAGAUCUUUCAAAGGAAAUAAGUACCCUGAAGGAGGAGAAGGAAGCAAUUAAAAAAGAAUCUGAGGAGCUCAAAGCAAUGGAGAAGAGUUACUCACCAAAUAUGUUGCUUCCUGAUGGGGAAGAUCCUUGGUCCUUGCUUGAGGAACUCAAGCGAGAGUUGAAUCAUGAGAAGAAUUUGAACACAAAUCUUCGCUUGCAACUGCAGAAGACACAAGAAUCCAACUCAGAGCUGCUUCUAGCAAUAAAAGAUCUUGAUGAGAUGUUGGAGCAGAAGGGUAGGGAAGUUUCCUGUAUGAAAUGCAGCUCAAAGUAUUUCGAAGCUGAAUCAGGUGAAUAUUUUGAUAUGCCAUAUAAGAAUGGACUCUCAAAUAUGCAAAACUCUGGAGAAAAACCAGAACUGUAUGCACCAGAUGUAUUAAUGAACAAAGAUGAUGGUAACAAGGUGAUUGAUGAGCUAGAGAAGAAGAUCAUUGACUUGAACAAUGAGGUGGAAUUAUACAAGAAAGACCGUGAAGAGCUAGAGGUGCAAAUGGAACAGUUAGCACUUGACUACGAGAUUCUGAAGCAAGAAAACCAUGAUGUCUCCUCAAAGCUGGAGCAGACCCAACUGCAAGAACAGCUUAGGAUGCAGUACGAGUGUUCAGCGCAUUUAGCAGUUAUAAGUGAUCUUGAAGCCCAAGUUGAGAGCUUGGAGAAAGAGCUUCAGAAACAGGCUGAGGAAUUUGAUGCAGAUAUAGAUACUAUAGUGUCUGAGAAAAUUGAGCAAGAACAAAGGGCCAUAAAGGCGGAGGAUGCACUGACGAAGGCUAGAUGGUAUAAUGCUCACACUGCCGAACACCUUCAAGAGGAGUUCCGGACGUUUUCUCUACAGAUGUCUUCUACGUUUAAUGCAAAUGAGAGGUUGUUUGCACAAACACUAAAAGAAGCUAGUGAGUUGCGUUUGCAAAAGAGCUGGUUUGAAGAAGAACUGAAGAAAAGCAAAGAAGAACUUGCAAAUCUACAAGGCCAUUACCAUGAAAAAUUUCGGCAGCUACUAAGCCUAUUAAGUUUCAAAUCAAAAGAGACAGAUAGGCUAACCAUGGAACUGAAAAAUAAGAGUGAUGAAAUACAGAGUCAGAAGAAUUUUGAUGAAGCGAAGUUAAAGUCAAUGUCGGAAGAUAUGGCAAUGCUCAAAACUGAGCUGGAAAAGCUCGCAAAAGAGAAUAACCAUCUUUUGGAUCAGAAUGCACAGAAAGAAAAGACAAUAGCAGAUAUGGAGCAAUGGAAGGCAAAUGAGAUGAUCAUAUGGGAUAAAAAUAUGGAAAUACAUACGCUUGAGGAAGAAGUUGCAUCACUGAAGAAGGAAGUGAGAAAAUCAUUAGAGGAGAUAAAUAAUCUAAGGCAUAUAAAGGGUGACUAUGAGACAAAGAUAGGAAAUUUAAAUUCAGAGGCCACAGCUCUAAAAACUCAGUAUAAUGAUCUCAAAUGCUUUCUGUCUGAGAACAAGUCAGAGAAUCUAAAACUAAGCAGUGAGCUUCAGAAGAAAGAAGAUAUGAUCAGCUGUCUCGAACAAAACAUCAGAGAUCGAAGGUCAACAACAAAUACAAAUGAUGUAGAGGAUUUCAGCGAAGAAGUUAAGUACAUUACUGGCACAGCUGAGAAUAGAGAUUGCUUGCCGUCUCCAAAGGCUGGAGAUAAAACAUGCAGACACAACAUGAAUGGCAACAGUAAAGAAUUAUUCUUGAGGAAUCUUGGUGCUGACCCAGGAAAAUAUCAGGAAUGCUUUACUUAUGCCUUUGAACAGAAUAAAAUUUAUGAAUUAUUAAGUGAAAUGGCAUUGCUUGAAGAACGAAACAAAUCGAUGGAAGCAGAGUUGAAAGAAAUGCAAGAAAGAUAUUCAGAGAUAAGUCUGAAGUUUGCAGAAGUUGAAGGUGAAAGGCAACAGCUCGUUAUGACGAUCCGGACUCUUAGAAAUGCAUUGAAGAACUAGUGUUCAACUUAUCAGGAGAUAGAGUUUCUGUAUAGGCAAGUAACUGGACAAGUUGUGUGGAUGGUCCAGGACUUGCAAGGCAAAAUAGGGCUACUAAAAUAUAGUGUGUAGAUCUAUAAUAUAUUCUUUUCUCAUUUGAAUUUUCUCUUUCUAGGAGAAACGUGCAAUUCCUGUUAAAUUUGCCAAGUGGAAAAAGUAGGACAAUAUUGCAUAGAGUGCUCAAAGAAAUAACUGCUGUAUUUUCUUCUUCUUUUUUUUUUUUUUUGAAUAUCAAAAGUUGUUUGCAGUUCAUA